AGGGAAGGUUGGCGGUACUUCCUACCCUAGUUAGCUAGCUAGCUGUUUUAAAAACGUGUUGCUGCCUACUGCGCUUUGCGAGCCGCUAGCGAGGUCGAUAAGGGGAAGGGGGACUGUGGAAAAGCUGAGAGGCCGAACUAGAAACAGUGUUAAUUCACUCGCUGAACCAUCCAGGCUGCUAGCGAGCUAAUACGUUAGCAUAGUAAAUGAAAUAAAGAUGUCCUACUCAUCAUCUAGAAGCUCCUCGCGCAACACCGACUGCAAGGUGUAUGUGGGUGAUCUAGGCAACGGUGCUGCCAAAGGGGAAUUGGAGCGAGCGUUCAGCUAUUAUGGGCCUUUGCGCAGUGUCUGGGUGGCCCGGAAUCCACCAGGCUUUGCCUUUGUUGAGUAUGAAGAUCCCAGAGAUGCUGAGGAUGCUGUGAAGGGCAUGGAUGGCAAAGUGCUCUGUGGUGCCCGCAUAAGAGUGGAAUUGUCAACAGGAAUGUCUCGCAAGUCACGCUACGGCCGUCCCAGUCGCCGGCACUUUGACCCGAACGACCGCUGCUACCAGUGCGGCGAGAGCGGCCAUUAUGCAUAUGAUUGUUAUCGCUUUAGUAAGAGGGGAGGUGGCCGUCGCAGCAGGUCCCGCUCAAGGUCCAGGGGAAGGCGUUACCGCUCGCGCAGCCGCAGCAACGACCGCAGGCGGUACAGAUCCCCAUCAUACUCAAAGCGCAGAAGCAGCAGAUCUAGGUCCCCAGCGCGUUCAAAGUCCAGAAGUCCCGUGCGCAGGUCGUCCAGAAGUCCCGUGCGCAGGUCGUCCAGAAGUCCCGUGCGCAGGUCGUCCAGAAGUCCCGUGCGCAGGUCGUCCAGAAGUCCCGUGCGCAGGUCGUCCAGAAGUCCCGUGCGCAGGUCGUCCAGAAGUCCCGUGCGCAGAGCAGCAAGUCGCUCGCGUUCUCGGUCCCGUUCCCGGUCAGUUUCCCGCCCCAGGGCGCGCAGCGUUUCCAGGUCUCGAUCCCGGUCCAGGUCCCGCUCAGCCGUCCCUAAGAGGAACAGUCAAUCCAGGUCUCCCAGUCAGAGGAAAAGCCCCACUCCUGAUGCCAACUGACCAAGGGGGUGAGACCACUCCCUGCCCUCCUGUUCACCUGUUCCGAUUUGCCUCAGGGCUUUAAGCCAUUUUACAUUAUUGUCCAUGUACUUGAUUUGUUUUUUUCCUGUCAUUUUUAAUAUCCCUUGGUUUUCAUCCUCUGGCUUUGGCAUUUCACCUAUGUACAAUUGAUUCCCAAACUGUACUUUUCCCAUCAUGUACAUUUCAAUUGCUCUUUUUACAUUGGUGAGAAAUCUAUUUUUUAACACUUGUGCAUUUUAAUUUGUCUGUGCCCGGUUUCCUGAUAUAUUGGUCAGUAUUGCAGCUACAGUGGAGUGCAUUGAAGUGUACUCAUAGCUGUACUAAAAUGAAAUUAUUUUGAGUUUAUUUCAUUUUCAUUGUAAAUGGCUGUAUCUUUUUAAUAAAAUGAAUCUUUACACAGUAGUGAUGUGA